GCCUCACCCGUCAAACAAAGAGUGCGCCAAAGUGGUAGAUUAAUUUGAAAAGUCCGUACAACACUUAACGCCUUAAAGCGCCCACAGUCUCCACACGGCAGCCCGGCUCGCUCUCCCCCAGCCCCGCUACUGCUGCCGUUCCGUGACACCGGGAAGUGCACGGAAUGGCUUCCAGUAGUGGGUGGGGGUGAGCGGGUUCUCCUUUCUCGUUUAACGCCCAUUUGGUUGUUUUUGUAUUUUCGUAUUUGCGCACCAGAACGCUCCGGCGUUGGCGCCGCAACGCGCCGCUGUCGUAUUGUCUCUGCGGUUGUUCUUUACGAUGAACCACCGUUCAAAUCGUCCCCAAAAAAUAACUUAUUAUAUUAUAUCACUGCGCGAUUCUGAGCGACGCGGUUCCGAUAAAGUCUUGUUUACACUCGACAGGAGGACCGGGCUGAGCGCGUCUUUGGGCGCGUGCGUGCGCGUGAGCGGGGUUGUCUACGGAAAUAAUAGCGACUUUUUUCUCCCUUUUUCUUUUUUUUUUUAAAGAUACCACGUAGAAAGCCGAAGAGGUCAACAAACCUGUAGCGUCGGGAGGAAGAGAGGGAAGCAGAACGGAGGCGCGAUGCUAAAUGCGAUGCGUCUGUGUGCGCAGGGAGAGAAAGCCACAAAGCAGAAGACUGAGUGGAACACAUGCUGCCCAUUUGUUGGAGAUGAAACGAAGAAGAAGAAGAAGAAGGAAACAAAAAAACACCGACGACGAGGAGGAAAUUAAAUGGUUGAACUUGUGAUAUGAUGGCAACACCGGGAAGGACAUCCGCGAGCUACAGAAGAUUCUUAGGAGCUUUCUGUAAGCCGUUUCCUUCCGCCAAAACAUCAGCAAACAAGAGGCAAUCUUUCGGUCAGAUUGCAGGAGGCCGCUGGAGAGACACCGCCACGUGACCCCGGUGCCAAAUGGUCUUCCGGCAGCGGCUCUCAGCAAGGACCGGAGCACACCAAGACGCCGCCACCUCUCUCAGAAAUGCAGAAGACAACCUACUACGACAACUCCUCUGCACUCUUCGGUGGCUACUCGUCCUACCAGGUGCAAGGGGCGGCGGCCGGCAACGGCUUUGGUGGCUACGAUGCACCGGUCCCGGUGUCCCAUCACCAGCCGGCCUUCCAGUCAGCGGCCCACCUGGACGUGGACUCGUACCAGCGCUCGGCCUGCUCGUUACAGGCACUGGGCAGUAACGGGGGCCACCAGCAGCAGCAGCUGGUCAAGACCAAGGAUCUGAACGUCAGCUGCAUGCGGCCCAGCUUGCCCUCCGAGCACCACCUGGCCCAGGUGUCCCCUCCGCUGCCCCCCAAUUCCAGCAAUGGCAACACCAGGGCCCAGCCGCCGGGGGGCGGCGGCGUGGCCUCCUCGGUCUCCAAAUCAGGGCCCAACAAGUUGUCUGACUCGUCCUCGUCUAUAUCCUCCUCCACGUCAUCCUCAUCUUCCUCACUGCCCCCCAACCCCACCGUGGCCAAGCAGAUCUUCCCAUGGAUGAAGGAGUGUCGACAGGCAACCAAGCAGAAGAACUCUUCACCCAGCAACAACUCUGGAAAUGCAUCAGGAGGAGCCGAGAGCUGCAGCAGUGGAGAGAAGAGUCCCACCGGCGGCUCGUCGGCGUCGUCCAAGCGAGCCCGCACGGCGUACACCAGCGCCCAGCUGGUCGAGCUGGAGAAGGAGUUCCACUUCAACCGGUACCUGUGCCGGCCGCGCCGCGUGGAGAUGGCAAACCUGCUCAACCUUUCCGAGCGCCAGAUCAAGAUCUGGUUCCAGAACCGCCGCAUGAAGUACAAGAAGGACCAGAAGUCCAAGGGCCUGAGCUCCAGUUCCGGGGGGCCCUCGCCAACCGGCUCCCCUCCCCUAACCAUGCAGUCCUCCGCCAGCUUCCUCAAUUCCAUUCACCCCAUGGGAGGGGGCGGCUACGACGUCCCGUCUCCGCCGUCCUUUAGCAAGCCCCACCAGGGAGUGUCUUACUCCAUGUCCACUGGCUACUCUAACGUGCCCAUGAAGGGCUGUCCCCCGCAACAGAAGUACGGUGCCCCAGACCCGGACUACGGCGACCCUCAUCCUCACCACGGCCUGGUGCAGGCCAACAACGCUGGCUACGGGACUCCCACCAACAUGCAGGCCAGCCCCGUCUAUGUGGGGGCCGGCAGCUACGUGGACCCCAUGCCCGGCUCGGGGCCCUCCAUGUAUGGGCUGAACCACCUCGGCCCCACGCCGCCCCAACACCAAACCAUGGACUACAGCAGCGCAGGCCCCAUGUCGGCUGCCAACCAGCACCAUGUGGGCGGAGGGGGACCCCCGGGUCCCUGCGAUCCGCCCACGCACCCGACGUACACCGAGCUGUCGGCGCACCACACCUCAACUCAGGGCAGAAUCCAGGAAGCACCCAAGCUCACUCACCUGUAACAGGUUUGGAACACAAAAGGAAAGACAUAGGAUGAUAGUGAAGAAGACACACUAACAGAUCAACUAACGCGCAGGGACUCUACUGCUGCAGCGGGACGGCAUGAGGGACCAAGGGAGACAGACAGGGUCCGUCCAGUGGUUAAUUUUUGGGGCAGCAACCAACGUUGUCCAGCUGCUUUGUUUCCACCGCCUUGUAGUUAGGGCUAAGCUUUUACUGUUCCCUCUAAAGUGCAGCUAAUUUGAUUUAAAAAUAUAUAUAUUACGGUUGUGCCUAUUAUUGUUGGUAGCAACCCUUGCGUGUUGCUCACAAAAAAGGUAAAGCAGUGUAAUGUAACGGUAGUAAAAUCAACACUUUUUUUAAAAGCCAGGGACCAAACUUCCUCUUUUACAUCCUUGUACAGGAAGUGAUUUUUUUUAGGCAACUCAUCCCUCUGGGGUGUCCCAGGUGCAGCAAAGCAUAGAGUAAGCACUAUGUACAGUCAAUUGUCUACCAUGUCCCCCCCACUGGGGACAAUAAAUGUCAGCAAGCUGAUCUGGCCGCAUUGGUUCAGAGACAUAUCGGCAGCUGCACGGCGAGUGCCGUCAUUUAGUGAGGUAAUCCACUGCACUGUCCAUCAGAACACCACCACCUUGACUCUUACUAACAGAAGUUCAUGACGACCUCAAAUCUCUAUAAUGUGUAAAGUUACACAACCAAUACUUGUGUGUGUGUGUGUGUUGGUGUGGGUGGAGCACACUGCAGCUGUAGCUCAGCUAGCAUGUUUGGUGCAGGCUAUGGCAUGUUGUGUAAACAUUCCCCCCUGCGCGCACACACACACACACACGUCAAGCAGCUUUCCCGGGUGGCAAAUGAAAUAGUUGAAAUUUUAAUGGGCUGUUUAAUGAGGUGGUUGGAUUUAUGAUUGCGAGCUCCGGGCAGCACCCCGUUCUUGUCAGCGGGGCUCCGCCUCUCAAUCAGGCGUAGAGGUGGAGCAACGCAUGCGUACGACAGAAAAGCACUGGACGUGUCCUCCCUCUUCUGCUGUCUCCUCCUGCCGGACCAGACCCAAUCGCUAUUAACCCGUGGUUUCUUCAA